GUCUGCUACUUCCGGUGUAUACUAAUUUAUGAAAUUUGAGGAAAGACUUCAAAACACUUUUAGCAAACUCUUUAGUCGAAUAUGCUAUGAUGAGAUGAUUUGUGAAAGCUGAACCUGUGACAGAUUUAGAUUCAUGAGCUGUCAUUGAGACACAAUUAUAAUGGAGUUUGCAGAAUUCAUCAAAGUACCUAUGGUAGACAAUGUUACUCUGUACAGGCCAUUCAAGGUUCCCGACAAUGGUACACUUUGUAUCACAGGCCAUCAUUUGAUAUUCUCAACAAGGCAGAAAGAAAAUCAUGAAGAACUUUGGCUCUUGCACAGUGCAGUGGAUGCGGUUGAGAAAAGAACAGCCCUACAACCCAACGGCAAAUUUUCCAUUAUUUUGAAGUGUAAAGAUUUUAAAUUGUUAUCACUAGAAUUUGAGAAUGCUGAUGUUAUGAACAAUGUGGCAACAUCUAUAGAACAACUUUCUAAUAUAAAUGAUGUCACUUUGAAAUACCCCUUCUUCUAUCGAGCCAUGUUUGAGCCACUUGAAGACGGAUGGCAAGCAUUCCAGCCAGAGAAUGACUAUCCAAGGUUCAAAGAGUGUGCUGAUGAAUGGAGAGUUACAAAUAUCAACAGGGAGUAUAAAAUCUGCCCUUCCUACUCUCAUUCUAUCAUUGUUCCUAAGUCCGUGGAUGAUGACACCAUUAUCAAAUCUUCACAGUUCCGUCAACAUGGCCGCUUCCCUGUCCUUAGCUACUAUCACAGACAAACAAAGGCUGUUAUGAUGAGGUGUAGCUAAGUGAGGUGAAAACAUCAGCCCCAAAAUAUUUUGGUAAUUUUUGACAGUUUUUAUUUGCUGUCUGGUUUAUUUAUUUCCAUCUAUCUUAUUUUAGCAAACAACAAACGCUGUAAAGAGGACGAGAAACUGCUGAAUGCUGUACUAGGAAUAGGGAAGAAGGGCUACAUCAUUGACACGAGGUCUCAGGCAGCGGCCAAAGCUGCACAGGCAAGAGGAGGAGGUUAUGAACCUGAUGCCCACUACUCACACUGGAGGAGAAUCCACCAGAGUAUUGAAAAAAGACAGACAUUCCAUGAGUCCCUGAUCAAACUGUUGGAAGCAUGUACUGAUGAUGGCUGUAGUAUGGACAAGUGGUUGUCUAAGCUGGAGUCCAGUAGCUGGCUGUCCCAUGUCAAGGACAUUCUGACCUGUGCUUGUACAGUGGCUCAGUGUAUGGACUCAGAGGGAGCCAAUGUUCUGGUACAUGGAUCAGAAGGAUUUGACAGCACACUUCAGAUUACUUCUCUAGUCCAGAUAGUCCUAGAUCAUGACUGUAGAACAAUCAAUGGAUUUGAAGCUCUAGUGGAGAGGGAAUGGUUACAGGCGGGACAUCCCUUUAAUGACCGCUGCGCCAAAUCUGCCUUUGCAGUUUCCAAGAACAGACAAGAAUCACCUGUUUUCCUCCUUUUUCUGGACUGCGUCUGGCAGAUUUGGCAACAAUUCCCAUGUUCUUUUGAGUUCAAUGAGGACUUUUUAAUUGAAUUAUUUACUCAUGCCUAUUACUCGGAUUUUGGAACAUUUCUGUGUAAUAAUGAGAAUGAAAGAAAGAAGUACAAGUUAUCAGAAAGAACAGUUUCAUUAUGGACAUAUUUAACAAGACCAGAAAUCCUACAGCAGUAUCUAAAUCCAAUGUAUGACCCUAAUCCACAUGUGAUCUGGCCAUCUGUAGCCCCACAAAGUCUUGGUUUGUGGACACGUUUGUAUCAGAGGUCUUAUGUAAAUGACAAGAAACAAAGGGAAGCAUGGAGGGAAAUCAGCAAGAUCCAAUCUCAUGACAAGGAACUGAGGUCAAGAGUUGCCAAACUUAGAAGGUUACUGGCAUCUCUGGAGAAAGAGGCCCUAUCAGCAGGGGUGAUCCUGCCUACAGAGUUAGAUGUAGACUGCACACUGGAGGAAGCGUAAAGACUUGUGAUAUAGACAUAGGGUGCAAUAAAACACUGGGAUAUCUAGAUGUGAAGGGAUAUGUGCAAUACAUAUGAAUUUCGUGGAUUAACAGUAUAUUGUAUGAUUCUUUUGUUGAAAUGAUAGAAACAUUGUUUUAUCUAGUAAUUUUUAGAUAAAUGCAUGUCCAUAUCAGAUUCUUAUAAGACAUCUGUAUAUGUUUGGAAAGCAGUACAAAUACAUUCCAGAUGACUUUCGUAAGAAAAGCAUUUGCUAUAAAAGCUAAGUUGUGUUUGUUUAUUUUAUUUUCACCUGCCUUUAUUGCACUAGUGUUCAAAACUGAUUCUUAAGCAUAAGAACAGUAAAUAUUACCCAAUACAGCUUAAAUGUUUAGGAGAAUUUUCCUCCUAUGUAUGCUGCAGGUGAGAAAUGUUCAGUUCUCUAUUUUCAGCUCUCAAUGUGAUUUUCCCAGCAUACUAUUAUUUGAAUGUAAUUCAUUGCUGAUUUGUAAUUUUUCCAUUUCUCAUCAUUGCUCCUUUUUGUGUGAAUGUACAGUGCACUUGUAGGAAUUUGUUUGUUACUUAACUUGUUAUCACUGGUUGAAAUAGUCAUUAAUUGUUUUGUUAAAAGAAAUAGUAGGAGUUAUAUGACUUGUUAUUGCAGUCUUUAUUAUUAUUGGGCAAAACAUUUUUUUUUUUAAUAUUGCCAAGAGAACCUACAUCCACAUUAAUAAAGUAUGAUUAAAUCCA